AUGAACUAUUUACGUAUUAUUCAAAAAACCAUUCUCACGAUAUCAUCUAUAAGACAUUCUUCGACUAUAACUAUUCCAGCGUUAAUAGAUUCUUAUCCAAUCGAAGCAACAGUAUUCGAACCAAAAUCGCCAUCGUCUGAUUCGAUAUGUGUUGUGAUUUCUGAAGCAACAGGCUCUCGUCGUCAAUUUUAUUUUCCAUUUGCACAAUACUUAAGUGAACAACAUAAUCUACAUGUUGUGACAUACGACUAUCGUGGAAUACAUGAACGAAAACCAACGCAAUGGAAUCUUGUUGAACAUUGGGCUCGACGUGAUUGUGCUGGAGUACUAUCAUAUUGUCUUGACAAAUAUAAUGAAGUUGUUCAUGUAGGUCAUAGCCUUGGCGGAAAUAUGCAUGCACUUCUACCAUCGCCAAUAAAUGAAAAAAUUUCACGAACAAUUCUUGUAUCAGCAACAAAUUCUUAUUUAAUGUAUCACAAAUGGAAUUUAGCUUUUCUUCUAACAUGUUCAUCACUUUACAUUCUUCGCGAACCACUUUGUAGAUUUUAUGGAUAUUAUCCAGCACGUACUGUAUUUCGUGCGGGUGCUGAUAUGCCAUCAAAUAUAAUUCGUCAAUGGGCACGAUGGGCAUUAAAUCGUCAAUGUUUUGUCGAUGAAAAUGGUCAAGUAUUUACAGAUGGCUUUCAAUCACUCAAAUGUCCUAUUCUAGCUGUAAAUUUUGCUGACGAUGAAUUUUAUACACGUCAGGCAUUCGACAAAUUUACUGGACAAUUUCAUCAAUCAUCAAAUAUUCAAACUUGGCAUUUACCAAAAGGUGGUCAUUUUAGUUUUUUUAAAGAGAAGCAAUCGUUAGAACUUUGGAACGAGAUAGUUCGAUUUAUAAAAUAUGCCGAUACAAAACUUCCUACUAUUAUAAAUAAAUAA